CUCGUUCAGGUGAGCAUUUUUGCUGACAGCAUUGCAGUGCUCAGAAAGCAAGAAUGACACACUCUGCAUAUGAGGGAGGGGAUAAUGCAGCACAUAUUGAAAUUGAAAUUGCCUACAGGGAUAUCCAUGUGCAAUAGGGUUGAAGGACACUGUGUCCUGAUGGGCAAUUGUGCCUGUGAUUUGUAUAUAUAAGAGUGCAGCUUACGGCACUAAUCAGAUCUGUGGUAGCGAAAGAAGAGACAUGAAUCCCUGGUCAAAAGUGAAGAAAAAGACCGCUAUUCUGCGAGUGAUCAGGAAGCCCCAGACAGAAGAAUGCCCCCCUGCUCCACCAGGCUUUGAAGAUGAUGGCAAUAUUGUGGCACCAUUGGAUGGGCUGCAGAUUUCUGGGGAAUUAUCUUGGAGCAAAAGUGACCUCUUCAUGCCACCAGGUGGUGGGCAAAAUCAGCCACAUUCCUACUUUAUGAAGGAAGAUACAGAAGAUGCCGAAUUAGAGAGGAUCAUGAAAGACUUUCACCAGCAUGAGAAAAUUCUCCCUGAUGGGAAUGUGGAAGGGACUAAUAGUCCAACCUUGUUGCGACCUCCAGUGUCGGGCAAGGCUGGCCAUGAGCCAGUGUUAGACAGCGAACAAAGAUAUCGGGGGCAGUUGAACUCGCAGACGCCAGUGGCCCCACCCAGCCCUUCCCGUCCAAAGAGCCCCUGGGCCCGGUUUGAUCCAUAUGACUCUGCUGAGGACCAGGAGAAGGAAUAUGUGGGAUUUGCCACUCUGCCCAACCAGGUGCAUCGCAAGUCUGUCAAGAAAGGAUUUGACUUCACACUUAUGGUGGCAGGAGAAUCUGGCCUGGGGAAAUCGACACUGGUUAACAGUCUUUUUCUGACUGACUUGUACAAAGACAGGAAGCUACUGAAUGCUGAAGAGAGAAUCACACAGACCGUUGAAAUCACUAAACACACCGUGGAUAUUGAGGAGAAAGGGGUCAAGCUUAAACUGACCAUCGUAGACACACCUGGCUUUGGAGAUGCAGUGAACAACACAGAGUGUUGGAAGUCAGUUGCGGACUACAUCGACCAGCAGUUUGAACAGUACUUCAGGGAUGAAAGUGGCCUAAACCGCAAAAACAUUCAAGACAACCGAGUACACUGCUGCCUUUAUUUCAUCUCUCCUUUUGGCCAUGGGCUUCGGCCUCUUGAUGUUGAAUUUAUGAGGGCUCUUCAUGAAAAGGUUAAUAUUGUACCAAUUCUGGCAAAAGCAGACACUCUGACGCCUUCUGAAGUGAAGAAAAAAAAAAUGAAGAUCAGAGAGGAGAUAGAACAGUACAGUAUUAAAAUUUAUCAGUUUCCUGACUGUGACUCAGAUGAAGAUGAUGAGUUCAAGCAGCAAGACCAUGAGCUUAAGGAAAGCAUUCCAUUUGCCGUGAUUGGCAGUAACACUGUGGUAGAAGCAAAAGGAAAGAGAGUGCGAGGCCGUCUCUACCCAUGGGGCAUUGUAGAAGUUGAGAACAGCGCACACUGUGAUUUUGUUAAGCUCAGGAACAUGCUGGUGCGCACCCACAUGCAAGACUUGAAGGAUGUAACUCGAGAGACACACUAUGAAAACUACCGUGCCCAAUGCAUUCAAAGCAUGACCAGGAUGGUGGUCAAAGAGAGGAAUCGCAAUAAAUUAACACGCGAAAGUGGAACGGAUUUUCCAAUUCCUGUGGCCCCUGGUGUAACAGACAGUGAGACGGAGAAGUUGAUCCGACAGAAGGAUGAAGAGCUGAGACGAAUGCAGGAAAUGCUUCAGAAAAUCCAGGAGCAGAUGCAUGGCCAAAAGGAGUAUUAAACGUCCGUAUUAAUUCAAGGGAUUUGAUCUACCUUUUUCAUCCCUGCAUUGAACAGUGAAUGAAGUAUAAAGAAAGGACUGCAGAGAGACAAUUUUUUGAAGGAAACAAACCUCUCUACUCUCAUUAUCUCCCAUGGCAUACCAUUAGCUACAAAGAGUUGUGACAGAUUUAAAGCAAAAAACUCGCAAGAAAGUGGUACCUCGUGAGUCUUCUUGUUGAUACUACCAGCCCAAGCGUUCUUAGGUGGACUGCUUAAAAACAGCUGCAGUGUAACGGUUCAGCAGUCCAUGGUGUGUUCAGCAUCAUCCAGGCUUCCCAGUUACUGAUUAGUUCCUUCUAGGUGCUUAAAAACUAAGAACAUUUCGCUGACGAUCAACCAUUUAAGUGCACUGCAGUUGCAAGCCACCUCUUUAAUUGGUUGUAAUGCUCAUCUGUUUACAUUAAAAAGAAUCGAUCAUA